GCACACUUUUUGAACGGACUAAUGUUGGACUGGUAGCUACAACAACAGAACAGUUUUGUUUUCAUUUUCUCUAAACUGUGUAAAGUCAUGGCGGGACUCGAGGUGUUGUAUAGUUGUGUGGCAAGCUCUAUAACAUCUCCUCAAGAUGCGGUUGUGUGUUUUAUUCACUGGGAAAUUGUGAAGAGUGGAUAUAAAUGUUUAGGAUCUGGAGACGAGCCUCUAAAUGGAGAGAAGAAAUCAGAGUUGCUUCCUGCCUCCUGGAACACCAACAAGGAGCUGUACACACUGAGAUACAGGUCAAAUGAUGACAAGUCCAACCUGCUCCUCAAAGCCUUCACAGUUGAUUCCAGCUUGAUGUUCAACUUAAUGGAUUCAGCUACAGAUAAAGUCACAGACCUGACUGUUAAUGUUAGUGAUUAUAUAAAUGCAGCAAGCCUACAAUCAUUUGAAAGUGUGUACAAGAAUACAGAAGAUUUGGCCAAGAGGCUGAAAUCAUCACUGCUACCUGCAGUGAAAGACGAGAAAAGUGUGAAGAAAGAAAGGAGAGAGAGAUUCACAGACACACAGCCCCAGCCAGACCAUGAUCCCCUGAGAGUACCUACCAGAAAUCCCCGUGCUUCAUACCCCCAAAACUGGACGGACCCAUUGAGUCCAUUUUCUGUAGGGAGGGCUGACCUGGAUCCCUUUAGUGGGACAACAGAGGGCAUGAUCGUGGAUCCAUUACGAGCAGGCUUCCCUCGUUCUGGCUUUGACCCUUCAAGUGGCAUACCUGGAGUCCUCCCUCCUGGGGCUGUGCCCCCUGGUGCCCGCUUUGACCCUUUUGGACCAGUUGGCAGACACAGAGCUGGGCCAGACCCUGAUCACCUGCCUCCUCCAGGCUAUGAUGACAUGUUCAUGUAGAAUUAUAAUUCCCAUCCUGGUUCUCCUGGAGGUCUUCCUGUUCCCUUAAUGUACUACAUUUCUUACUGCUUUAUAAUGAAAAAAGUACACCACCACAUCUUGCUACCGUUUUUGCUGGUUUGAUCCUGUUUCCAUACUAUCCAAAGAGGCAAUUAAUUUUUUGUUAAAUAAAGAGGGAUGUUUGUCUAUAUUCAAUUGGAAAGUUCAUUAAUAUCUUAAUUUGUAAAAAAUUCAUUGUCCCAAGUAAACUGCUGAGACAUCAGACUCACACCUGUCAGCUAAGAACAAGAAUCUCACCGAAACUAGAUAGAUGCUUUCCAGUGAGUGUAUAUUGUAAAUGUUGUAGAUGUUCUAAGUUCAGUUUAAGACUGCUUACUUUGCUUAACUACUGCUUUAAUUGAAAAAAAUAAAUAAAGCACUGUUUCCUGCU